GGCGCGCAGACUACAACGCCCGGGCGGCCGCGCGCGCACCCCGCUGCCCCGGAAGCGGAAGGAACGGGCGCGCGGCUCCCGGGGCAGCGGGGGCGACCGGAAGAGACGUGUCCUUCCGUGGCCGCCGGUGGAGGGGAGAGCGGCGCGAUGGAGCUCGAGGCCAUGAGCAGAUACACCAGCCCGGUGAACCCGGCUGUGUUCCCGCACCUCACCGUGGUGCUGCUGGCCAUUGGCAUGUUCUUCACUGCCUGGUUCUUCGUCUAUGAAGUGACUUCCACUAAGUACACACGGGAUAUCUACAAGGAACUGCUCAUCUCCCUGGUGGCUUCACUUUUCAUGGGCUUCGGAGUUCUCUUCUUGCUGUUGUGGGUCGGUAUCUAUGUGUGACACUAAGCCAGGAACCUACUCUAGAUUCCAGGUGGAAGACCUCACAGAAGCUCCAUCUUUUUUCUAUUUUUGUACUUUAAGGAUAUGGCCCAUCACAGAUGCAGACUCUGUGUCCUGCCAAGUGACAUCACCUCAAGCGUGAAUAAAGCUGGUUCUGUGAUGUAGCAAA